CAGAAAGACCAUCAACAUUUUGUCUACGCAGCGUAAAUAAAUAAAUACGCCGCGUGGAUAAAUAUUCCUGCGCUCCCAAUCUAAAAACCCAACUUUGAACCAUCUCCUCACUGUAAUCUUUGACAUCAUGCAGUUCCCUACUUCCAUACUGAAACAACUAUCUAAUUUCACAACCAGGCGCGCUUGCAUCUAUCGCUCUCUACAUACCAAGCUGGCAGAAUUUAUCACCCUUGACUAUAAAGGAUCCCUGGUGACACAGAAUGUCAAUGUUGAUUUGGGGCAUGCCCACGAGGCUUUCACAAUGCUCCCAAAAGAAACUGGUUAUGCUUUCCGAGCAGGCAUCCACUCAUUGGCGAGAGACUCAGACCAGUGUCCCCUAACUUUCUAUCAUGAUUCUCGAUACUUUGCACAUGAAUCGUUACCAUAUCCUCGGCUUGUAAUUCCUCAGGACCUUCCACGCCAGUCUGAUGCCAAUACAAGCCCUGCCACUCUCCAUACCUUUGGAGCUACUCAUACCAUCACACUGGACGGGACUUUCGAUGCAAAAUUUACAAAUCAGCUUCGAGAUUCUCUCCGUGAUCUGAAGGGGCCUUUUGAUGAGCUCAAAGACAAGUAGGACUGUGACAAGGAAUAUCUUAUUGAAGCAACAGGUCAAUUUUUUUGGGUGGGCCAUUGUAUAUAGGUUGAUAUAGAAUUCAAAGCCUCAUGGUUGUCAUUGAUGUACAUGUAAUGUACAUAUGGCAGUUACCCACCCAAUAACUCUGCGGUCAGUGACUUGCGUAACAGAACGGACAUACCCUGCCGGUGGAACUGUUUCAUCCUUCAUGCCCUUCGCCCAAGUAUCGUGAAACCAACCAAACCUUCACGUCUCCUGUCAUGUGCGUCUGACGAUCUUUUUUAUCAAAAUACAAGCAAAGAAGAGCUCAGGGUGGAAAAAUGAAAUUGAUAUUCAACUAAGUUGAGAUAAGCAUGCCUCGUAUUAAUUAUAUAUUAUCCUGCAAAGAAAUCCUCCUUCGGAGGAAAAGAAAAAGGGGACUGCAAGUAUCCGAUUACCAUCCCAGUCCCAUCAAUCUCUUCAGUUGCCAAACUACCGAAUUUAUUGUCUGGUUCACGCUUCGGCGGACUCAUCUAAUUGAGAGUAAUUAAUAUAGUGAUAUCAAAAAUGUUGAAUGGGAA